AGCAGACUCCUCCUCUGGUUUAUGGUUUUCGGGGCGGAGGUCUGACUGAGGACUGUGAGGAUUGUGAGGACUCAGAGACUGAGAGAAAAAGUUUGUAAAAGUUCUCUGGGACAGUUUGAAACUUUCUCCGCCGUCAUGUCCGGAGUGGCCUCCACCCUGGCCAAGCAACGGGCCCUGGCCGCGGGCUUCGGGACCAACGCGAACGCGGUCCGGUACCUGAACCAGGACUUUGGAUCUCUGCGGGCUCAGUGCCGCUCCGCCGGACGCCUCUUCUGCGACCCGGCCUUCCCCGCAGAGCCCGCCGCGCUGGGCUUCAACGAGCUAGGCCGCAGCUCGCAUAAGGUCCGCGGAGUCACCUGGAAGAGACCCACGGAACUCGUCUCGAAUCCUGAGUUCAUCGUGGGUGGAGCCACCAGGACUGACAUCUGCCAGGGAGCUCUGGGUGACUGCUGGCUGCUCGCUGCCAUCGCCUCGCUGACGCUCAACGAGUAUGUGAUGGCGAGAGUCGUUCCACAAGACCAGAGCUUUGGAGACGACUAUGCCGGGAUCUUCCACUUCCAGUUCUGGCAGUUUGGUGAGUGGGUGGAUGUGGUGAUUGACGACCGGCUGCCGGUGAAAGACGGCGAGCUGAUGUUCGUCCACUCUGCGGAGGGGCGGGAGUUCUGGAGCGCUCUGCUGGAGAAAGCCUAUGCCAAGGUGAAUGGCUGCUACGAGGCUCUGUCCGGCGGCUCCACCACAGAGGGCUUUGAGGAUUUCACCGGCGGCAUCGCAGAGAACUUCGACCUGCAGAGACCGCCGUCCAACCUGUUCCAGAUCCUCAGGAAGGCGCUGGAGGCCGGAGCGCUGCUCGGCUGCUCCAUUGACAUCACGAGUGCUGCAGACUCGGAGGCCGUGACCCGUCAGAAGCUGGUGAAAGGCCACGCCUACUCGCUGACCGGCGCCGUGGAGGUGAACUACCGCGGACGCCAGGAGAAGCUGGUCAGAGUCAGGAACCCCUGGGGACAGGUGGAGUGGACUGGAGCCUGGAGCGACGGGUCGUCUGAGUGGAACUACGUUCAGGGAGACGCUCCGCAUGCCAACGCAGAGGACGGAGAGUUCUGGAUGUCCUACACAGACUUCCUGCGUCACUACUCCCGUGUCGAGGUCUGCACUCUGACCCCAGACACCAUCGAGGAUGACUCCGUCAAACACUGGAGCGUCAGCAAGUUUGAUGGCACCUGGAGGAGAGGGUCCACCGCCGGAGGCUGCAGGAACCACCCCUACACGUUCUGGACGAACCCUCAGUUUGUGAUCAAGCUGGACGAGGAGGACGACGACCCGGAUGACGGCGAGGAUGGCUGCAGCUUUGUGGUCGGUCUGAUCCAGAAGAACCGCCGGAAGCUACGGAAACAAGGCGAGGACAUGCACACGGUCGGGUUCGCCAUCUACGAGCUUCCCAAACAGUUCUAUGGGAAAACACAAGUGCACCUGGACAAGAACUUCUUCCUGACGCAUGCUCAGACGGCGAGGUCCGAGACCUUCAUCAACCUGCGCGAGGUCAGCACGCGCUUCAAGCUGCCGCCUGGCGAGUACCUGAUCAUCCCAUCCACCUUCGACCCGCACCUGAACGGGGACUUCUGCAUCCGGGUGUUCUCCGAGAAGCAGACUGAGACUCUACCGUGUGACGACCCGGUGAGCGCCGAGCUCGAAGAUGAGACGGUGUCCGAUGAGGACGUGGACGCAGGAUUCAGAGGACUCUUCACCAAACUUGCUGGAGACGACAUGGAAAUCUCUGCCACCGAGCUGAGAUCCAUCAUGAACAAGAUCGUCUCCAAACGUGCGGACAUAAAGACGGACGGUUUCAGUCAGGAGACCUGCAGAGUGAUGGUCAACCUAAUGGAUGACAGUGGGAAUGGGAAGCUGGGUCUGGGAGAGUUCGCCACUCUGUGGAAGAAGGUUCAGAGAUACCUGUCAAUCUAUAAGAAAAACGACACAGAUAACUCUGGGACGAUGAGCACGCCGGAGAUGAGAGUCGCCUUCAAAGACGCAGGCUUCACUCUGAACAACAGCGUGUACCAGCUGCUGGUGGCGCGCUACUCCGACCCCGACAUGACCAUCGACUUCGAUAACUUCGUGGGCUGCCUGAUGAGGCUGGAGAUGAUGUUCAAGGUCUUCAAGAAGCUCGACGCCAACGACAGCGGAUCCAUCGAGCUCAACUUCAACCAGUGGUUGAACUUCGCCAUGGUCUGAUCCUCCGAGUGUUACCGCAGCACGCCAUAUACCUGUUUACAGCUGCAGCUUCUCCCUGUUACUGUUUAUAUAACAAACACUAACCUGAACCACAACACGCCAAUAAAGUUAAACACAAACCUUCAACAGCCUCCUCAUUCUCUGCUACAGGCUAACUGUAAGCCUAGCUUAGCACAAAGACUGGAAACAGAGGGAAACUGUUUAGCUUAGUUGAGCACAAAGACUGGCUGGAUGCAUAGGGAAACUGUUAGCCAGCUCACUGUUUCAGUGUGUGUGUGAAAUAUUAAAUAUUAAUGAAUUCAAUCAAUUGAAUUAAUUAUAGCUCCAGUUAGCCUUGAGUUAGCUUUUAGCUAAGGUAGCUUUGCAUAGCAUCAACAAGCUACAAACAGCUAGCAUUGCAUCGAUUAGCUUUAAACACUAGCUAGCCGUUUCCUCCUGGCUCCAGGGUUCAGGUAAGCUAUGCUAGGCAAACCAGAUCCUGGAUCUGUAGUUUGUAAGGGGUCAGCUUUAAGAAUUUGAUAUUAUUAUAUGGCCCAUUUCAGAAUUGCCGGUACAUUUGAAGUUUAGACAAAAUAAGAAUUUUAUUUUAUUUAUUCCCAUAAAACCUUUUUAAUUCACAUAGAGAAUACUUUAAAUUUAACACUUCCAGCAUUUGCCAAGCUUAAACAUGUAAGAUUUAAAAUAUUUAAUCUGAAAAUCAUCAUAGUAACAGUAAAAUCAGUCAACUCUGUUGCAGACAAAUUAGGGUAAAUAUGUAUAGUACUCAAAUGUAAUAGUUUAAAACCAUGUCUUUCCUAAGAGAACUUUUGUCUUUACAUCCACUAAUUCAACUUUAAAUUUUCUAAGAUAAAGAUUUUUUUUUCAGGAGUAAAAUCAUUGACACAUUUAAUUGGAAUGUUGCCAAGACAGUUUGGAUUUUCUCUAAAUAUUGCUCCAAAAAUGAAUGAAAUGCUUUGAAAUUUCAUGUAUGGUGAGAAUGUUAGUUAUGACACAGCUUCUGGUUAAUUUGUCAACAAUAAAACAUAUUUAAUUAGAAUUUUUUAAACAAAACUUUGUGAAACAGAGUUGACAUGAAUAACAGAGUUGACAAACUAUGCAUAAAAGGCGAAAAACAGUAACUCUGUUAUCAUUAAAAUUUUGAAACAUGUAACAGAGUUGACGAUAACAGAGUUGACAUUUUCCACCAUUUUGUGCUUUAACUCCACAUGCUAGCUUAAAACCA